AAGAUGCUCCAGUGUGAUGUCAGCGCUGGAGAUGUUGGACUUGGCAAGAUUUCACCCUCACUUUUUCAUUGGAGCUCAGCGGAUGAAGGUGGAGGAUCAUCAUCACCAUCAUCAUCUUCCUCCUCUGUGCUGCUUGAUGCUUUAGUUGGUGUUGCUGCUGCUACAGGAUCCAUCUGUCUGGGCUUUUUCUCACUUUGGACAUCAGGAUAAACUCAUUUUUAAAACUUCUUUACUUUAUGGAAACACUUGGCUUUGCUUACCUUCAUAAGGAAUAAGCAGACAAGGUCUGACAGGACAAUCCAGUUACAGUAAAUAUUUCCGCCGCCCGAGUCGAGUUUGUUUUUGGGGUUACGGAGCCGCGAAGCUGCUGUCCGCGUGGAGCGGUGCCGAAGUCUCGCGUCCGGGCGCCAGGAGCUCCGCCAAGCCGCGCGACAUGGCCACGAACGGCGCAAAAGCCUCAGACGGACACGUUCUAACUGAGGUAAACGCGACGCCAGCGGCCAACGACAAGCCCAAGACUCUGGUAGUCAAAGUGCAGAAGAAAGAGCUUCCGGAACGGGAAACAUGGGGCGGCAAGUUCGACUUUUUGCUUUCGUGCGUCGGUUACGCCAUCGGGCUCGGAAAUGUGUGGCGGUUCCCUUAUCUGUGCGGCAAGAACGGCGGAGGGGCCUUCUUGAUUCCAUAUUUUUUGACACUCAUAUUCGCUGGUGUUCCCUUGUUCUUCCUCGAGUGUUCUCUCGGUCAGUACACCUCCAUCGGUGGCCUUGGAGUGUGGAAACUGGCUCCUAUGUUCAAAGGUGUCGGCCUGGCCGCAGCAGUUCUAUCCUUCUGGCUUAACAUCUACUAUAUUGUCAUCAUUUCCUGGGCCAUUUACUAUCUAUACAAUUCCUUCACUACAGAGCUCCCAUGGAAAUCCUGCAACAACCCCUGGAAUACAGAGCAAUGCUUUUCCAACUACAGCUUGGCAAACACGUCUAACAUGACCAGCGCCGUCGUGGAGUUUUGGGAACGGAAUGUACAUCAGCUUACAGGCGGCCUGGAAAAACCAGGGGAGAUCAGAGUGCCACUGGCAAUAACGCUGGCCAUCGCAUGGGUCCUGGUCUACUUUUGUAUUUGGAAAGGUGUGGGUUGGACAGGAAAGGUGGUCUAUUUCUCAGCCACAUAUCCAUACUUCAUGCUGCUUAUCCUGUUCUUCCGUGGAGUUACACUGCCUGGGGCAAAAGAGGGCAUUUUGUUCUAUGUCACCCCUAACUUUGAAAAGCUGAAGGAGUCAGAAGUGUGGCUUGAUGCUGCCACUCAGAUUUUCUUCUCCUAUGGACUCGGCCUCGGGUCUCUGAUUGCACUCGGAAGCUACAACCCUUUCAAAAACAACGUUUACAAGGACUCCAUCAUUGUAUGCUGUAUCAACUCCUUCACCAGCAUGUUUGCUGGAUUUGUCAUUUUUUCCAUUGUGGGCUUUAUGGCUCACAUCACAAAGAGGUCUAUUGCUGAUGUAGCUGCUUCAGGUCCAGGCUUGGCAUUUUUAGCUUACCCAGAAGCUGUUACUCAGCUGCCCAUUUCUCCACUUUGGGCAAUUCUGUUCUUUUCCAUGCUGCUUAUGCUUGGAAUUGACAGUCAGUUCUGUACAGUGGAAGGUUUCAUCACUGCGUUGGUGGACGAGUUUCCCCGCUUAUUGCGAGGACGACGAGAAAUCUUCAUCGCUGUCGUCUGUCUCGUGUCUUAUAUCAUCGGACUGUCAAACAUCACACAGGGUGGCCUGUAUGUAUUCAAGCUUUUUGAUUACUACUCUGCCAGUGGAAUGUGUCUGCUCUUUCUGGUGUUUUUUGAAUGCAUCUCCAUAUCCUGGUUCUAUGGUGUCAAUAAGUUCUAUGGAAAUAUUGAGGAGAUGAUCGGAUACAAACCCUGCAUUUGGUGGAAAUUGUGUUGGGUGGUGUUUACACCGUUGAUUGUGGCUGGUGUGUUCCUGUUCAGUGCUUUCCAGAUGGUUCCCCUGACCAUGAAUAAUUACGUUUUCCCAAAGUGGGGACAGGGUGUAGGCUGGUGUAUGGCCUUGUCUUCUAUGGUCCUCAUUCCCGGUUACAUGGUCUACAUGUUCCUAACGUUAAAAGGCUCCUACAAAGAGCGUCUCCGGAUAAUGAUUCAGCCUACAGUUCUGGUCAAAAGCCAAGAGAAUGGGCCAGAGCAGCAACCUGAGAACGUGAAUGCAGCCAACGACGAAGCUUACAUCUAAAUCCCUGGACUCUGCAGGCCCUUCGGAACAAAAAUGAAACCAAGUAAUCAAGGUUGAACGCUAGCAGGGACUUCUACGUCUAAAAUAUUAUCACCUACCUCCAGGGGAAAAAUGUAACCAACCUGAUUACAGCUGUUCGAAAAUUUUAAAUGUGUGUAUGAAAAAAAAACAACGAUCCAGCGAUGAUCUAGUGCUAGUUCGUAUUGCAUAUGCAAGAUAUUAGUCUUUCCAAAACGUAACAUUGUAACAAUUACUGUUUGGAUCCCAAUGUGAUUGAACACUACUGUGCUAAUUCGAUAUAUAUUUACCUUAUGUAAUUAUGUUAAGAUAUUGUAUAAAGAUCUUAGAAUAGAAUCAAAUUGUAUUUGAUUGUAUUUGAAGACAUAUAAAAAAGUGAAUGAAGUUAGUUGGCAAAAAUAUGACAAUUAUGAUGAACUGCAUCAUGUCCAGUUUUGAGCAGUGGCCAUUAAGGGAGCAUAUAGCUGGCCCUCAUAGCCUGUGUAAAAGGUUGUGUAAAGAGACUCCUACUGCUUUUAUUAUUCCAAACACCUACUCAAGCUGGAUUAGUUUUACCUGAGUUGGUACUUAAAUUAAAGGUGCACUCAGUAUUAUUUUUUUGUUUACACCAGAACACUUGUCAUGUUUGGUAAAUUUCCAGCAUUCCAAAAGCUGUCAUGUUUCUGUAAAUGGGAGAAAAAAACAUGGCCAGCAUUAUUCAACCAAUCAAUAUAGGUGGUGUUUCUACUUUCCCGUUAGUCAUGUUGUCAAUCAAUUAUUAAAGCUCGCCCACAUUCUGUUGCAUUCAGAUACACUAGCAUAUGUUAUGCGUGCAUGGCUUUGGAGUCAAAUCUGAAAUGACUCGACAUGACAAAACAGCUAGCUCUAGUUAAACUUCCACCAAAUUCUCUGAUUAUACUUUUAAAUGACUGCCAACAAGAUCCUUCAUUUGAUUUCAGUCUUUAAUCAGUUUUUCCUUGUAUGACAAAUCCAGAGAAAAAAAACAUUCAAUGUUUCAGCAAACAUGGCAAUCUCUCUGUGAAAGUAGUCCUUUUUUUGAACUAAUGGUAUUGUAAUAACAAAACCUGGCUCUAGUCAGUAACACCUCUUUUAACUGAAAAGACAAGGCAUACAAUGUUACAUAAUUAUGAUGUUUACAUAUGUGAUAUAUUGCCUACAUUACAGAAAUUUGGUGUAAAAGUCCAAUCACCACUUAAAAGAUACAUGACAGGUAAAACAUAUCCAGCUAUAACAGGGCUUAAGGGUUUGCAACACCCUAGUAACCCUUCGGUCCCAAAAAUAAGCACAAACCUGUAUGGAUUUGAGUUUACAGACGUCACAAGCAGCGAUGAAUUAUCUGUCACACAAGCAGAUUCAUCUUACACAUAAGAGAGACUGUUAGUUUUUUAUUUUCUAAGAACUAAAUAACUUUGUAUGUUUUUUCAAUCGUUUUUAGUCUGUUUUUUUAUGUAAGCGUGAGAAGGACCAAAAUCGCUUUCACAUGGAAAUCAUUUGCAUGUGAAAGUGUUUCGCGUCACACUGUGUCCUAGAAAGUGCAGGGUACAAAAAAGACACAAAAUGCAUAAUGUUUGGCAGUAAUAGCCUCUGAUUCCACUGUUCAGUCCUGCUCAUUUGCAUACCACUCCUCAGGAACAAUGGUGGAAGUGACCAAAUUUGACUCUUUCCUCCCCCCACCCCACCCGAAUCAAAUGGAUUAGAGCUGUGAAUAGCCUUCAGCAAAUAAUCAGACUGUGAGCAGAAGCCAUAGUGUGUCUCCGGAGUUUGUGAGGCCAUUUUGGGGAAAGGUACCUUUAAAGAAACCAGCAAAAAUCACAGGCUAGUAGUAGUCAAUUAAAAUGUCGAUAUAUCUAUAUGGUCUACAUAUUUGGUCUUUUUUGAGAACUGCCUUGGCAAUAAGUAAUUAGAUAAAGUGUAUUUGAAUGCUUUUGUGUGUAUGCCUGGUUUAACCCCUGUUAUUAUAAUUCCACUGGUUAAAAGCACAAAGCUUUAAACCCACAAGCUCCAGCGGUUGUUUUUCAAAAAGGGAAAGAGUUAGUUUGCUUCUAUGGCAGCUACAUGUGACAGGGACGUGGAUAAACGACUCAGCAAAGAUAUCGAACUAAAAUUGUGCAAUCAGUUAGCGUAAUGUUUUGUACAAAGUUCUCAUUAAGCAGAUUUCUCUCUGUAAACCUGUACUGUGUAAAAGUAUCUGUGAAUGUCCAAAUGACCACUGAGGUUUUGUCUAAAUGUUAAAGACUCUUAUUUACUGUUUUCUGCAAUAAUACUCUCAGAAACUAAAGCACAUAGUAUUUCUGAAAUGUAAAAAAAAAAAAAAGGAUAUCAGUAACAAAAGCAGAAGAAUAUAAUAAACUAUAGAUGAUAUGUCUAGUCAGAGAAUAUUGUUUUGUAUAUUUCUAACUGUUUCAUGCACCUAAUGUAAGAUAUUAUAUGUAAAAAAAAUAUAUAUUAAAUGUCUUUAGAUUGUGGUGUAUAAAAAGCAUGAUUGCCAUGUUAUCUGAAAAAUAAAUAAAGUAUUAUAGAUUAUAAUG